UGUCUCUCUCAAGGCUUGGCCCUAUGCUCCAAAGUGUGAGGGCUCUAUGGGAGGUCCUCUUGGUCACCCUUGUGGCAUUUUCCCGAGCCCUUGGUGCGAAGCCCGCACCGAGGUCCGUGUCUGAUAACUCGGGCUGCCUUAGUUGGAGAGUCGCAGUUGAGGCCAACAACGUUCGAGCCUUUCGAACAGUGCCAGACCAGUGUUUGGCUCAUGUUGAGAGCUACAUGUCGGAGGGGCAAUACGAGCGGGACCUCGAGAUGGUGGUCGAGCAAAUCGUGUGGUACUCGUUGGGCAUAGUGCUUGGAUCGGAUGGCCUCGAUGCGUUUGUGCUGGAUGUCGAUGACACAUGCAUAUCAAACAGGGCAUACUAUCGGCACAAGAGGUUCGGGGGUGAGCCUUAUGAUCCUGUGAGUUUUAAGAAAUGGGCUUUGAGGGGAUGCUGCCCAGCUGUGCCUGCCAUACUUGGACUCUACAAGCAUUUGACCCACAGAGGUUUCAAGGUUUUCCUUCUCACAGGUAGAGACCAAGAAUUACUAGACCAAGCCACAAGAGAGAAUUUGAAUAAUCAAGGAUUCAUUGGUUAUGAGAGACUAAUUUUAAGAGGGCCAGAGUACAGAGGGCAGAGUGCAGUAGCUUUCAAAUCAGCAAUUAGAAAGAGACUGGCGGAGGAAGGUUAUAGGAUUUGGGGCAAUAUUGGCGAUCAAUGGAGUGACCUAUUGGGUGAUAACCAUGGUGAUCGCACAUUUAAGCUUCCUAAUCCAAUGUAUUUUGUUCCUUAAUCAAUUGGUUAACCCCAAAAUAUGGAGAACCCAUGCUUGUGGUUUUGUCACCAAUUACCACAAAACUCUAGCCCCAAUUUAUAACUCCCUUUUCAUUA